AUGGUUUCUCGGUGGUAUCCUCGUCUUUCUUUCUUUCGAUCUCUUUGCAUUUCUCAAUCUACUCUGUCUGUGCGAUCCGAGUUCCUCGCAUCCUCCUCCUUCCAAUUUGUCAAUCCACGCCAUCAUGUAACGGGCACGGAUACUGUCAGUCAGGUAUUUCCGGAGUCUGUAGUAGCCGGACUCAGUGACGAGGAAGUACUAGCGUUAUUUAGUUGUGGGUUCUUUGGUGGCUUUAUCUUCGGGUUCGAAAGGACUGCACUACGAAUAGGGGGCUGGAGGUUGUUACCAGCGCGUUAUACAGGCUUUAAAGACGAUUCCAGCCCAAUAGGGAUCUGGAAUGCCUCCGAGCUUUCUACUCUCAACUUCCCUCCAGUGGGUAGCUGUCUUUUCGGGGCAUUUAAAGUACUGGACAAGCAAAUAUCCUUGAAAACAUCAGGCCAGUACACCAGCUACAUUGAUUAUGGCUUUGGGUCAGAUGAGUUUCAAUUUGCGGGUUGUCACCGUUUCCAAAUUACUCGGCUACUGCCCACAAGCGGUAAGCCCCUGGUGCAGCUCGAGCUACAAGGCUUCCAUUGCAACCCUCAGAGGAAUCGACCAUCGGGAACAACGCUUUUCCGAUGGUUUCAUUAUAUAUAUGCCAAGUUGCUAUUUGCAAAUGGCGUUCAGUCCGUUUUACUACGAUAGCCCCCCUACCGAUUCAAUAUAAAAGGUGAAGCUUGAAUUUGUCCGGGUUGCUGCUUCAAGUUCUAUUGGCAUGUUUUCCUCGCUCCCUUUUCCGCUCCCCUCUCUGUCUAUCUCCACUCAUCGGGAAUGUAUAUCAUGGCUAUGGAGAAUAUGAAAUGAUUUCGUGUAUUCUAAUCAUAAAGUCUAUGUUCUUGCAAUGGCAGAAGUUCAGGUAUCGCACAGCUGAA